AAAUCAUGGAAGUGACGUCAUUGUUGGCCCUAGCUGUUGUGGUAACGUCUAUCCUCUACUGGUUGAUUAAGAAGCCGAACAAUCUUCCACCAUCUCCUGGUAUAGCUCUGCCUAUUGUCGGCCAUUUGUAUUUGAUAGAGCGAGAUCCAAGACAGCAGUUCAAAAAAUGGUCUCAAAAACUUGGCGAUGUCUUCAGUUUAAAGUUAGGACAAGAAACAGUCGUCGUUUUGAAUUCUUUUGAGGUCAUAAAGGAGGCUCUAGUCAAACACGGAGAUUCGUUAUCUGAUCGAUCGACUAGAUCAUUUGUAGCUAGAAAUGUGCCUCACGUUUCAAAGGGCAUAAUUUUUUCAUCCGGAACAGAUUGGAAAGAGCAAAGAACCGUCUCGCUUUCAAUUCUGAGAAAAUUUGGCUUGGGGAAAAAUAUCUUGGCAGAAAAAAUAGCCGAAGAAAUUAAAAUUUUGUUGAAAAAACUUGCAAGCGAAAAUGGCAAACCCAUUCAAAUUCGGGGACUUCUGAAUAUAAGUGUGUCUAAUAUAAUUUGCUCUAUUAUUUUUGGACGACGAUUUGAUUUCGAUGAUCCUAAAUUUAACUAUCUCACUGCACUGCUCAAUGACUCAGUGCGUCUAAACUCUGGCGUCAUGCGACUCAACUUUCUACCGUUUCUAACAUAUCUACCCAACUACAAGACGCUGGGGAAAAAAUUGAUUUCCAUUGGUAACGAGCUCCGAGCAUUCUCAGAGUCAAUGGUGAGAGAAAUCAAGAAGAAAUACGACCCGAAUAAUCUGGACAAUUACAUAGUAGCGUAUGUCCAUGAGAUGGAGAAGAAACGCCAGUUAAACCAGCCGACGUAUUUAAACGAGAUUAGUCUAGUUCGACACAUUGACAAUCUGUUUCUUGCAGGGACGGAGACCACCAGCACCACAAUAUUGUGGGCUUUGUAUUUUGUCUUACUCCACCCGGACACGCAGAAUAAAAUUUACCAGGAGAUUAAGGAAUAUGUUGGGUUAGGCCGAGCGCCCACCAUGUCGGAUAAACCACAGCUCAAGUAUUUGAACGCUUUUAUCAUGGAGACACAGAGACUCUCCAGCCUGGUUCCGUUUAGUGUCAUCCAUGUCUGCGCACAAGACACAGUCCUCAACGGUUUCACUAUCCCAGAAGGCGCUCAGGUCAUUCCAAAUUUAGACGCAGUUCUAAAAGACAAGAAAAUCUGGGGAGAUCCUGAGAAUUUCCGACCUGAAAGAUUUCUGGACGAGCAGGGUAAUUUGAUAAAGAGAGAAGAGCUCAUACCUUUUUCUAUCGGUCGCAGAAUUUGUCUUGGGGAAUCCCUGGCUAAGAUGGAACUUUUCUUGUUCCUGUCGUCCAUGUUUCAGAGGUUCGAGUUCCUGCCUGCUGACCCAAAUCACUGCCUCUCCCGGAAGGACGUCUUUGGUGGAGCUGUUUCUCCUGCUCCGUUUGACGUUAGAUGCGUCACAAGACUGCAGUAGCACCAUCAGCUUAUCUAACAGCACAUUUUAUUUAAAAACUGUUUAACCAAUUUUUUUUAAAGUAUUCAGUGUUACUUUAAAAUAUCUUAAUAUUGUAACUAGAUAAGUGUUGAUGUGUUUAUCAUCGUCAUCAUUAACCCUUAUUGGGAGUCGUUGGGGCACCGCAAUUGACUUUAUAAUUAUCUUCCAUCCAUCUCGGUCAUUUGCCACUCUAAUUAGUUCUGAGACGUGCAACCAUGUCCAAUCCUUGAUGUCAUCUAUAGAGUGCCGUCUUUGCCUUCCCCUUCUCCCUCCGGGCACAGUGCUCUUUAUUAUUGUUUUGGAAAGGCUGUUGUUUCGAAGACAUGCUCAUAACAUCUAAGCAUUCAUUUGUUGACUACUCAGUAGACUCUCAAAUGGACCAAUCACAUUAGUGAUCAUUUCACGGACUUUUUCAUGACUGUGUUUAACUCAAUCAAACAGCUUUAUUUUUUAUAUAAUUGAAUUAUUUUAUGCCGGCAUCAAGAAUUUGUAAUCGGAUCUUUUGUCCUAAGUCACUGUUGUUCUAUAAAUUAAUUACCAAUGAAAAUAAAAUACUAAUAACUAAACAAACAUGUAAUU